AGUUCACGUUUCUGCCUUCAGCCUGGAAUGUGACAGGGUGGCUCAAUAGCUCCAUUCAAACCAGCCCAGUGCACCCCUAGCCCGGCCUUGACCAGCAGGCUGGAGCAACACCCUACGAACCUUCCGUACAGCAUGGCGACUCACAAGGCCGAGGCACAGGAGACAGACUUCCGUACAACAGGGCCGCCCACAGACUUGGAACAGUGCCCCUUUCCGCCCAGCUCCCGGAAGUUUCCUUUUGAAAGCGUGGCGGCAGACUCUACUGAGGGCUGGGCAGUUGCUGCGGAGCAUCAUUUGAAAAGGAGCGGAGAGGACGGCGGAUGGGAGCAGCCGGCAUCGGGGUUAGGCCCUACGGGGUCGAGCCAAGCCGCCCGACUACGAUGGCCAGUUCUAAGACGGUGUGCGACGCGCAGCCCCAUUCGAUGCCGAGCUGCGGCUUGUCCGCAGAUACACAAACUCGAGCUACUUCUAAGCUACCUGUUAAAUCCAAAGACGCUGAGAUGCUUAGACAUCUUCAUACGGGAGGCUUAGAGCCUGACGUUACAAAAGUCACCAAACCAAGACGAGAGAACGGGCAGGGGAAAGCUGCGGAGACUGCCAGCCGGAGGAACAUCAGAAGCAGCUACAAACCACUGAGUAAGCAAAAGCCAGAGGAGGAUCUGAAGGAUAAAAACGAGCUGCUGGAGGCUGUCAACAAGCAGCUACACCAGAAGCUGACAGAGACUCAGGGAGAGCUGAAGGACCUGACACAGAAGGUGGAGCUCCUGGAGAAGUUUCAGGAUAACUGCUUAGCAAUUUUGGAGAGCAAAGGUCUCAACUCAGGCCAAGAGACCCAGGAAUCAAAGCAGGAACCCAGCACAGAUCCCACGGACUCCAUGCUGCUGCUAGAAACUUUGAAAGAUGAACUGAAGCUUUUCAAUGAAACUGCCAAGAAGCAGAUGGAGGAGCUACAGGACCUUGCUAUGCAGUCCCAGGAUGAUCCUCUUGCCUCUUCGCUGGGAUUACAGGGCCUUGAAGGUGAAGUUGAAGUUGAAAGAAAAAGAAAGGAUCCAGUUCCUGGAACAGCAAACCUUAGGUAAGGACGAAGCCAGUGACUUCACAAUAAUCCUGGAGGAAAUGGAGCAGCUCUUAGAAAUGUAAUGCAAGGCAAGCGUCCAGACAGCUUCUUCCUGCAUAAACUCUCAUCGGAGGCCACUUAGGAUAUCUUCAAGGACUCACCGUCCCUUAGGUAAAGACCUUCUGUAGCAGUUGAUCCGAUAAGGGCAGUUGAUGCUGGGGGUCCUCCUUUAAGCAGAUUGCCCCACCUUCAGAUGGCUCAGCUCUCCUGCAAGAGAGGAACCUGGGAGUUUGACUCCACUUCCUGCACAACAGAGAGAGCAACAACCUUAGAACUAGGAUAGUAAACCAGCCAUGGAGACUCUCGAGACUCUUACUUGGAAACACGGGAGGAAAGCCCACACCGAGACAGCACGUGCGCUGUGCGGGAGCUGUCACUUCAAGCUAUGCUGUCCCCUUUGUCUGGUUGAGCUAAGUUUAUGAACUUGAAAUCCUUGAAGUCUUUUGGCGUAAUAAAUUGGGUGGAGGUAUACAGAGUAAUGCCUAACUGAAACUAUACCUAGAGCUUUUGGAAUAAAUAUCUCCAUGAAUGUUAA